AAAAAAAGGUUAAGCCAGUCAUGUUUAAAGAAAAUGUGAUUUUGGAGUAGGCUAUAGUCACCAGUAAGAGCAGGCGUGUGGAGUUUGUGCCAGAAGAGGUGCCGGAAGAGGGGGAGCCGUCCGUCCGUCCGUCCGUCCGUCCAUCCAACGGGGCGGGCGGGCGGUGAGCUCCAACAGUGACCGCUAGCUUCAGUUCAUGUCAGCCACACAUUAGCCAACCGAGCCGUAGUGGGACCCUUCCACGGGGGUAGGGGGGAACAAGGACGCCGGGCCGACAGAUGAAGAGUGGAGACCGCUGCUGCUCGGGGACUUGUUGUUAAUUUUUCAUCCGAAGCGGGGACUUAUUCAAAGCACACCGAAUUAUUUGUUUUUGUUUGAUUUAAACGCGAUUAGCGCCUGGUGCAGGGAGGCUAGCUAGCUAGCUAGCCAACCAGCCGCCAUCUCCCCCCCACUCUCUCUUUCUCUUUCUCUCUCUCUCUCUGUCUCUCUCUCUCUCUCUCUCUCUCAGUCGGGAGCGAGCGCCCGUGUGUCUUACGCCAUGGGGAACGCUGCCACCGCCAAGAAGGGCAACGAGCUAGAGAGCGUUAAAGAGUUUCUAGCCAAAGCCAAAGAAGAUUUCUUGCGGAAAUGGGAAUGCCCACCACAGAGCACGACGUGCCUCGAUGACUUUGACAGACUAAAGACUUUGGGGACUGGCUCGUUUGGGAGGGUCAUGCUUGUGAAACUCAAAGGAACAGAGCAGUACUUUGCCAUGAAAAUACUGGACAAGCAGAAGGUCGUGAAACUUAAACAAAUAGAACACACGUUAAACGAGAAGAGGAUAUUACAAGCCGUCAGCUUCCCCUUUCUUGUCAAACUUGAGUAUGCGUUUAAGGACAACUCCAAUUUGUACAUGGUGAUGGAGUAUGUUCCCGGAGGCGAGAUGUUCUCGCACUUAAGACGGAUCGGGAGGUUCAGUGAACCACACGCGCGCUUCUACGCCGCCCAGAUCGUGCUGACAUUUGAGUACCUCCAUUCGCUAGAUCUCAUCUACAGAGAUUUGAAACCCGAGAACCUUCUCAUCGACCACCACGGCUACAUUCAGGUGACGGACUUCGGAUUUGCCAAGCGCGUAAAAGGCAGAACUUGGACAUUGUGCGGCACACCGGAGUACCUGGCCCCAGAAAUCAUUCUCAGCAAAGGUUACAACAAAGCUGUGGACUGGUGGGCCCUGGGAGUCCUCAUCUAUGAGAUGGCGGCCGGCUACCCUCCGUUCUUCGCUGACCAGCCCAUUCAGAUCUACGAGAAGAUCGUCUCUGGCAAGGUGCGCUUCCCCUCUCACUUCAGCUCGGACUUGAAGGAUCUGCUGAGGAACCUGCUGCAGGUGGACCUGACCAAGCGCUUCGGCAACCUCAAAAAUGGCGUCAACGACAUCAAGGGCCACAAGUGGUUUGCCACUACGGACUGGAUCGCAAUCUACGAGAGGAAGGUGGAGGCCCCAUUCAUACCAAAGUGCAGAGGCCCCGGGGACACCAGCAACUUCGACGACUACGACGAGGAGGAGAUCCGCGUUUCCGUCACGGAAAAAUGCGUGAAGGAGUUCGCCGAGUUUUAGGGACGUGACAUGAUGCGUGACGACAGGAUAUGUCAGGGAAAUAAAGGGAUCUUUGCACUCUUCUGAGGACUUUAAGGAAAUUAAGCAAAGGCCAGGUUUCCUCCCUCCGUCCUAUCCUUGCCACUUGUACAACACACACAGCUCAAUGGGGUUGCCAUGAUCCUUUGGUGCCGAUUACCUCUCACUGUCACCUACACCUGCGUAUUAAAGCAGACUCUCACCACCUUUUCUUUUUUUAACCGAUCCACUUUUUAUUUUGUACUUUUUAAAGGAGGUAGUUGUCAUCACCCCCUUUUUUCAAUGGACAAAAAGUAAGACGACAGGGGAUGGACUCGUGUUCCUUUCAUGCCCCGGCUUUGAGAGGUAGCAAUCUUCAUUAGCCCCGUUUUGUACGACGCCGAGUGUUUCAGAGGGCAACUAAACUGAGUGCUCUCUUUCUUUGGUUUUUGCCUUAGAAAGAGCAAAAGCAUCCUCCUCGGUAUUCCCGACUCCAGACGCUGAGAAUAAGCAACCUUGUUACAUUAUUACCCGUGUCAUUUGUUACUCUGGUUUUUGUCUCAGUGUCUACUAUAUUAGUCAUUUUUUUGUUUUGUUUUUCUCCCUAGAUUUCAGGUCUCCCUUUGUUUCAAUACAAUGUGACUGAUGUACAUUUAAAAAGUGAAAGGAAAUCCUUUUGGGAUUUCUUAAAUUUAGUCUAAAAGUUGAGACGGUCAAUGUGAAUAGUGUUGGAGCUUUGCACUUCAACGUGGUUAGUGAAACCUUUAAGGAAAAGAAGUACAGACUCUUAUCAGUUAUUGAUUUUGACAUUUUAAUAAACAGAACAUGAAACUGCAGCUCUCUUUGUUACUGGCCGAGAAGUUUUUGUUUCAUUUUAUUUUUGAGGAAUGUGGAUUGCAAACUUAUUAGGUGUGCAUAUUUGACCGCUUUGAUUUCAAGGUACUGUUUUUUCUUCACCGUACAUUGACUACAUGAACUGCUCCUUUGUAUCACAUGUAACCCUGUUCUUGUUCAGCUCAUUCAUUACAUUAUACGUAUAUGCAUUGUUUCAUAUGUUUUAUUUAUACACAUUAGAGAUGCGAUUAAAUUUAUUUUUAAAAGUG